GUGUCCCGCUGUCUGUUCCAGCUGUACUCCAUCUACUGUACACUCCUCUCCUCUACUGUUAUCAGACUGUUGAGCCCAGCCUGUGUGGACUGACUGAAGCAAUGAAUGCAGGCAUCUGUGUAUGUGUACUGCUGGCUGCGUUCUCUGGCAGCAGUUUGGGGCGCCCGUCGCACUCGCAGGAUGAGGACAAGCCUGAGCCCCCCCAGCUCGACAGCGUUAUGUCUCCCCAACACACACGCCACACCCGCUCAGCACCCUCCAGUGGCCAGCUCAUCCCCUUCUCCAAACCGGCAGAGGACGAGGCAGAGGACCCCCGCACCAGCCUGCGCGAACUACUGGCAAGAUUGAUAUCCAGGAAAGGAUCAUUGCAGAGGAGCUCGUCCCUGAGCAGCAGAGCCAGCGGUCCGGGUCCCAGCCACAAGAUAAAGGACAGAGACUACCUGGGCUGGAUGGACUUCGGACGCCGCAGUGCAGAGGAGUACGAGGAGUACUCCUCAUAGAAACAAACGCACCACCACUAAAUCCAUCUCGAUUAUCAGAAAACAAAAAAAUCAUUGUCCCCAAAAGCUAUAUUUAUUAUGAUGUAUUUGAUGUAAAUGUGUUUGUAAAACUGAUAUGAAGCAAUAUAUAUAUACAGUACGUAUACAGAUUUUUGAAGAAAACAAAAAAGUUUGAUGCUUUUCUUACAUGUACCCUAUACACAGUCCGAUGUCCUUAAAACACACAGAUACCUAACCAGACAGAUUUUGUAGUAGAAUCAACCAAGUCUGCAUAAUAUAACGUCCUUCUCCAUAGUGUUUCCAAACACUAAGGCCUUGGGCUCAUUGUAUUCCUAAGUGCCAUGCAGUCUAGUGUGUUUAGUGGGCUCAUGGCUUGCUCUAUUUGUCAUUUACAAAUAAUGUUACACAACGGC